AUGGCAAUUUCUUCUGGUCUGGAGCACUGUGAAGCCAAUUUUCUGGGAGUUCAAGUAACUGGAGCUGCUCUGGGGAUCAUCAGCAUGGGCAGCACUGGGUACGAAAUCGCCCUGAGAGCCAAAGCCUUUGCAAUGAACAUUUUGUACCACAACAGGACACAGAGGAAGGAGCAAGAGGAGCACGCUGUGGGCACUGCUCACUGCGAGAGGGUGGAUGACUUGCUCCGGCAGGAGGAUUUCGUGAUGGUGGUGGUGAACCUGACCCCUCAGACACACAAGCUCACUGGGAAGAGGGAGCUGGAGCUGAUGAAACCCACAGCUACCCUCAUCAACAUCAGUCGUGGUGCCGUGGUUGACCAAGAGGCGCUGGCGGCAGCUCUGCGGGCUGGUGUUAGCAGGGCGGCAGCUUUGGACGUCACCUACCCCGAACCACUGCCCAGGAUAGACCACGCGUUGUUAAAAUUAAAGAACGUCCUUAUAGCGCCUCACCUGGGUAUUAAAACGGACAAGGCCACCGACUUGAUAACGGAGGAAGCAGUUGAAAACAUCCUCUCAGCUCUUAAUGGUCUCCCCAUGCCCAGUGAAGUGCUUCCCAG